AUGUCCUCGGAUUACGAGGAAGACAGUGAUGUGACCCUGCUGCAUGCCGGCUUCCGCCCUGGCGACAGCCUGACUCGCGCAGCUUUGCCUGCUCCACCCUCAUACCUCCCCCAGCCCGACGACGACCCUAACGAGAGCGAUUCGGCAUAUGGGGAAGAUUCAUUACUGCGGGACGAUACGAAGACACUCGCUUCGCAUAUCACCGAGUAUCGAUACGAAUUUGGUCGUCGGUACCACGCUUUUCGGGAUGGUGCUUAUUGGGGACCAAACGACGAGGUCGCGAAUGAACAGCAAGAUCUUGCGCAUCAUAUGUACACAGUGACCCUGGACGGAAAGCUGCAUCUCGCCCCGCUCAGCCAGCCACAGGAAAUCCUUGAUGUAGGGACUGGAACUGGGAUAUGGUCUAUUGAUAUGGCCGAUCAAUACCCUGGCGCCCGCGUCACCGGAGUCGACCUUUCGCCAAUACAACCUACCUUUGUUCCCCCGAAUUGUACAUUUGAGAUUGAUGAUAUGACGAUGCCGUGGACGUAUGCGCCCGAACGAUUUGACUUUAUUCACGUCCGCGAGUUGUUCGGCUCCAUUCCUGAUUGGGAUGAAUUCUUCCGACAAUGCUACCGCGCGUUGAAGCCGGGGGGCUAUAUCGAAGUCGUGGAACAUUCGGUGAGCCCGGUUGUCGACGAUGCUACAAUGGGCGUGGAUCAUUUCUAUCGGACUUGGGGGGAAACUGUCAUAAAAGCCGGAGAACGGUUUGGUAAGAGCUUUUCUAUCUGGGAAGAGAGCGCCGAUCGACUGAAAAAGGCCGGGUUUGAAGACGUGGUGGAGAGUUCUUAUAAAUGGCCGAUGAACGCGUACGUUUUCUCUUCUAAGACGAUGGAUACAGGCGAAACAAGGAAACUUAACACUCGCAGUAGCUGGAGCGAUGACCCGAAGCUACGUGAGCUGGGACGGUGGAACCAAUUCCGUCUCAAUGGAGGCAUUGAAGGAUUCAUGCUGCGACUUUUGACCACGACGUUAGAGUGGUCCUAUGAGAAGGCUCAAGUCUUUCUCGCGCAGAUGCGGACAUGUCUGCGCGACUACCGAACGCAUGCUUAUCUCCCAGUUACUGUGGUUGUGGCGCGGAAACCAACUGGUUGA